AUGAAGCCCAUUAGCACCAGCGGCGUGGUUUCAGGUGGGGACACGCUCGAGCUGCAUUCUGUGGAGCUCGAGGCCGUGGGGAAGCAGAUUCGCGACCUGGAGGUGAGGCAGGCCCAGCUGAGAGAGCGGAGAGCCGCGCUGGAAUCAUCCCGGGCUGACGCUCACAAGUCCGGGGUAAGUAUACAGCGUGCUGCUAACAGUCCCACCACGUCUACUCGGUGUGUUUCUCUGCACAGGCCCGGUGCACCCAGGACGCGAUCUUCCCAGAUGUCCUUCACUCCGACGCCGGGACACCACGGAUCCUGGGUGCACCCACAGCGGAGGACGCGAGCCGGGCCCCGGGCGACGACUUCUCCCCCUCCUGCCUUCGAGAUCUCCAUCCGGAACCGCUUCGCACCCCUCCGCGAGACAGGACGCAACACUGUGAUCAUCGGAGACUCCAUCGUCCAACACGUCCGUGCUAUGUUAGCCGAAGGUAAAGUGCACACUCAUUGUUUCCCUGGUGCUCGUGUUCUCGAUGUUUCUGCGCAGAUACCCGCGAUCCUGAAGGCCGACGAGAGCCCCAGAGCGGUCGUGCUUCACGCCGGGGUUAACGACACCACGCUGCGGCAGACGGAGACGCUGAAGAGGGACUUCAGCAGCCUGAUCGAGACGGUUCGCAGCACGACGCCCGCGGCGAUGAUCGUCGUGUCAGUACCACUGCCCAUGUAUCGACGAGGACACGAAAGGUUCAGUAGACUUUUUGCUUUAAAUGAAUGGUUGUUGUCAUGGUGUAAAGAACAGAAACUGCUAUUUGUUAAUAACUGGAAUCUUUUCUGGGAGCGUCCUAGGCUGUUUCACGCUGAUGGAUUACACCCCAGCAAAAUCGGAGCAGAGCUGCUUUCUGACAACAUCUCCAGGACACUUCGCUCCAUGUGACUAGAUUUACACAAGCUCCAGUCUGGAUCCAGAACACCUGAGAAGAGAUGAUGCUGACCCUCAGAGGACCUCAGAUGAUGCUAACCCUGAAUCAACAAACAGAACUAACAAUUAUUGCUACAUGUGUGACUGCAUCAUAUAAUAACUAUUAAUUAAUAAUAUUGAUAAUGUUCAUCGUCUAGCUGACUACGUCUUGU